UCAGCUUGCUAGCCUGGAGAGGACGAUGCUAACAGCUAAGACGAAGAGGACAGUAACGCGGCAGCAGCCACUGCUCGGUCAGCUGAACAUCAGUAUGAAACUGAGGCAGAAAACCAGAGUCCUGCGACAGCAGAGCCACCUGUUCAACUGCCCCACCUCAACUCCACCUGAGCCCGACACCGAUGCGGAUGGCAGAGACCCGGCGGCGGCGGCCAGUAAUUGUUGAAGGACAGUCCAGUCGUCACUGCUCUCUCUCAAAGUCCUGGUAAAUGCGCCAAAGGCUGAACAUGGUGCAGGCUACAGACUGGAGAUCACGACGGGGGAAUAAAAGGAAACAAAGACUAGUUCCUGGAAGGCCAGUGGGACCAGUACCAUGACUGAACAGUUUCAUGUCCAUCCGUCCAUCCGUCCGUCCAUCCAUCCGUCCAUCCAUCCAUCCAUCCAUCCAUCCAUCCAUCCAUCCAUCCAUCACCUGCUUGGGUUGCAGUGGCAGCAGGCUAAGAAAGGCAGCCCAGAUGUCCUUCUCUCCAGCCAAGUCUUCCAGCUCAUCCUGGAGGAUCCCAUGGGUGUUCCAGGCCAAAUGGGAUGUGCAGUCCCAACAACAUGUUCUGGAUCAGCCCCGUGGUCUCGUCAGAGUUGGAUGACCCUAGAAUAUCUACACAGUUUGGAAACCACAUGAAGUUGAGGAACCAGCUUUGAGGACCUACGGAUGUCCACCUUCCCAGGACCCUUCGGCUUCCGCAAAACUUCCAACAAACUCUCCAAGAGGGAGGCUUUUACGGUUUUUACCCAGAGAGAACAACUUAACUUUGAACAUUUAUUGUAUUUAUCAUCAGGACUGAACUGGUCCAAACUGUAAAGUCUGACGGACUGAACAGACCCAACGGCACUUACCUGGCAAGGAAUGAGCUGGACUGAACUCAGCUAAAGUGAAUUUGGCUGGAGACAGAUGAAAGAGAAAUGAACUGAAUUCAAGCUAAUCUGAACCAACUUUAGCUCACACGCUUUUCCAAGUAAAUUGCCCUGCCCUACUCAGGACUCUUUUCAAAGUUCCUUCCCUUAAAAAGCCUACUCCAACCCAAAUUCCCUCACUCCAUCAGACCCUUUCCAAGGGUCUUGGACAUUGUCUCCAAUCUAACUGAGGAGGAAUCAUCCUCACAACCUUCCGUCCAGACAUGGACCUCCACAGGGCAGCCUUCAAGAUGGAGAGCUCCUCCUACUUGCCCAAUCCCCUGGCCUCACCAGCACUCAUGGUCCUGGCCUCCACUGCUGAAGCUUCUCGCGAUGCUUCCAUUCCCUGCCAGCAACCGCGCCCAUUUGGCGUCCCAGUUUCCGUUGAAAAAGACGUCCAUUUGCCGUUUAACAACGGUUCAUACACUUUUGCAUCAAUGUACCAUCGCCAAGGUGCUGUCCCACCAGGAUUCCCGAACAGGGACUUUCCUCCGUCCCUCCUCCACCUCCAUCAUCAGUUUGCCCCACCUAACCUAGACUGCUCGCCAAUCAGCAUGCUGAAUCACAGCGGGGUUGGCGCCUUCAGGCCUUUCGCUUCCCCUCCGGAAGAUCGGGAUGGGGCACCAGGUGGGUAUCAGUCUGCUUUCACUCCAGCCAAGCGCCUCAAGGGCUGCCUGGAUGCAGAGGCUUCACCCCACCUGCGGUACUCUGAUGCUGAGGGGAAAGAAUAUGACUUUGGUGGUGGCCAGAUCCCCCCUGGAGGCUCGCCCAGCAGCGCCUUGAAAGCAGUGGAGGACAGUGGGAAAAAGAUCUUUGCCGUGUCUGGCCUCCUGUCUGAUCGAGAGACCUCCUCCAGCCCUGAGGACCGCAUCGAGCGAUGUAAAAAGAAGAUGUCCCUGUACGACAGCCAGACUCCAGUCUGUCCCAUCUGCCAGGUGCUGCUCAGGCCCGGAGAGCUUCAGGAACACAUGGAGACAGAGAUAGACAGGCUAGCCACCAUAUGCCUCAGUAAGAACCCGUCACCCAAGGAUGGAGCAGCCACUCCAGGAACCCCCAAGUCGAUGCUGUUGUCCGUGCACAUCAAGCGUGAGGGAGAGUCUCCCGUGGUCUCGCCCCUGUCCUCUGAAGACGCCCACCACUCCGACAGAUACCAGACAUUUUUACGAGUUCGGGCAAACAGGCAAACAAGAUUGAAUGCCCGUAUAGGAAAGAUGAAGAGGAGGAAGCCUGAGGAGGGGGGCCAGGUAUGUCCGCUGUGCAGUGCCCCAUUGGCUGGGAGCGAGGAGGAGAUGAGUAGACAUGUGGAACAAUGCCUGAUCCAGCGUGAGGGUGCGUUAGGCGACGAUGACUCUGCAGACAUGGAUGGCGAGAAUGGACGGGGCUUUGAGGAGUACGAGUGGGCGGGGCAGAAGAGGAUCAGAGCUACGGCUUUGCUGGAAGGAGGAUUCAGAGGAACCGGUUUUGCCACGUGUAGUAUCAAGGAGAGCGCGGACAGCGACGCCGACCUCGACGUGGACGGAGACGACACCUUGGAGUACGGCAAGGCCCAGUACACCGAGGCCGACAUCAUCCCCUGCUCAGGAGCCGGAGAGGACCAAGGAGAGGCCAGGGAGAGGGAGGCGCUACGGGGAGCCGUGCUCAACGGCGGGAUGCCUUCUAACAGAAUAACGCCUGAGUUCUCCAAAUGGGCCAGUGACGAGAUGCCUUCAACGAGCAAUGGGGAAAGCAGCAAGACAGACCCCAGCGCUCUCUCAUCCUCCUCCUCCUCCUCUUCCUCCUGCGCCCCGCGCACCUGUAAAAACAGUGAGAUCGAAAAAGUAACGGAGGAGGAGUCCACGGCAACCACCAUGGAGGCUCUGAAGGCUCGAAUCAGAGAGCUGGAGAAGCAGAUACUGAGAGGAGACCGAUACAAGUGUCUCAUCUGCAUGGACUCCUACACGAUGCCGCUCACCUCCAUCCAGUGCUGGCACGUCCAUUGUGAAGAAUGCUGGCUCAGGACUCUGGGGAACAAGAAGCUGUGCCCGCAGUGCAACACCAUCACCUCACCCGGAGACCUGAGGCGUGUCUACUUGUAAAGAGCACACCCCCCUUCCCCCCGUUUCUUCAUCCUUCCAAUCCAUUCCUCCAACAUCUUGGAUUUCCUCUCCCCGAUCGAUCGUCAUUUGUUUUUUCUUUUCUUGCGUCCCGGGUCGGUAGCCCCCCAAAAACCCUCCAAGAGCCCACGAAGACAAGACGGGCUGUCUUUGAGACUCUGGCUCUUUCGGGGGGGGGGUUGAAACUGGCUUGAAUUAAUGACUGGAGCAGCGCUCACCGGCCGUCUGGCUGGCUGCCUGACCACCCACAGAAAAAAUGAAACAUGCAGACACGCUGCAGUCCUGCAGGUCAACAGGCUUGAUAUGACUCCCUUUACAUACUGAAGGACUUUUAUUCAGUGGAGAGCCUGAUAGACCCAGCUAAGCCCUGCUGAGACCUGGAAGCUUCACCCUGCUGGAGCUGGACCUAAAAGGAACUUCUUAAUACAGAAUCUAAAAACUGCUUUUUCCCCCCUUCUAGCUCUUGACAUUUCAGUGGUGCUGGACAACGGGCUCUACCCUGAUGACUUGACAGAAAGCUGCUUUUUGUUUGUUUUUCUUCCUAUUCCUGGCAGAGAGAAAACUCUUAUCUUCAUGCCCCUGUUGCUUAAGAGAAUUAAAAAAAAGGGCCUGUCCACUAAAACUGAGCUUUCAACCAAACUGAGAAUAACCUCACCACCUUGAAAAGGAGUUUGACACUCCUCCUCCUCCUCCUUCUCCUCCUCCUCCUCCUCCACCUCUUCUUCUCGCGAGCCCUCCUCUCCCAUCCUCCCCUCCCCUCCUCCCUCUUUCGUGGUGUUCUAGUGAAGUAAACCAAAAGUCUCCCCCCCACCUCUUCCCAAAACGCAGUGCAAGCACAUGUAAUAUAGUUCUAUGUAUGUUUACAAUGUUGGGUGUAAAUGACAUAGAGUUCACACACACACACACACAUGUACACACAUAACGCAAAUACAUGCACACACAUUUACCAUCAGCAGACACACACAGAAGUAUAUAAUAUCAAAGUCCUGUUUUUAGUUGGAAGGGUUUGGGAAUGAUGUUUGGGGGGGAAAAAAUGGCUGGAAUAAAAGAAGCCUUCUGUAUUUUUAAAAAGAAGAUCAUUUGAAGAUCCGUUGAGGUUUUAUUUCACUGUACAGGAAUAAAAAAAUUAAGUAAUAAUAAACUACUCGAGACUAGAUGGUCAAGAUUUAGGUGGUGUAAUUUUUCUGCAGAGUACCUUGAGAAACUAUAGAUCUGAACAUGAAGCAAGGAGAGAUUUUUUUUUUUUUGUUAGUUUUAUCGAAUGGAGAGAUUCCUAUUGCCCAAGACUUACUGCGAACUAGCAGAACGAUGGAACUGCUCUUUAGUUGCAACAAUGUCCAACUGAGCCUCUUCUUUUAACCUCCAUCUGUGCUUCCUCUCAGUUGGGAGUAACAACAUGCUCAGAUCAUAGUCUAGACACUUUUUAUUUUACCCCUACAUGUCUCAAAAGAAAGCUUUUUCCAUUGUUCUCAUACUGCUAUGCUGCAAAAAGGUCCCAAAAUGGCAACCCCCGAAGGGCAGAUUCUUUCUGACUAUAAUAGACAAGAUGGAUGGCCAAGACUGAACUGGCAACCUCCAGACCCGCAACAUCCCCCCAUCCCCCUCCCCUCCUCCCCCCUCCCUUCCCUCUACGGCAGCAGCAGCCAAGGUGGUGGUGUGCUUUGUGUUUGUAAAACUAUGUAUUCUGUGACGUCUGUAUUGUUGUAAGAAAUGCUGAAAAAAAAAAAGAAAAAAUAAAACUUCUCAAAUAUCACGAGUGGUCCUGUUCACAAAACCUGGGCGGUAAAAUAAGACAUAGUGAAGAAAACUGUUCCUAUGUUCACUGAAAAAAAAGGUGAGGAAGAUGGCCUUAAUGCAAAAGAGACACAUUCUGUUCAUGUGCAUUUUCAUCUCAGUGUCAGUAGUGUUCGCUCUCUCAAAGGGACUUUUUUUACAUCUGAAGUUGAACAUCUCCAUCCACUGUGAAAUAAUGUAAAAAGCCCAGAGUUGAAACAUUCACCUUUUGUUUUCAGAGAGAAAUAAACGGGGUCUGGGAUCCUUCUUCAUGACAAGACGAAUAAUUCUGGGGCGAGUAAGGCAUGAGUUGAUCAGCUGCGAUGGCUGAGCUCAUCUAUAUUGAUGAACCUUUCAUUUUUUUAGCUUUCUUCCCUUUGGUUUUAGCUCAUUAUCUAGCUGCACAUCCUGGUAGAGUAACACUCAACAGGAUAAACAGGAUGUGGUGCUACGCUGUUGCUUUCACGGUGUGAUUCCUCCAACCCUCGGUUGAUUCGAACCUGCCCCAAAGAUGACAAAUUGCACAAGAGGAUUGUGUCAGAACUAAUUUGUGUCUUGUAUAUUCUUGGAAAUGGUACAUGUCUUUCCCGUUUGUAAACUACAUUUGACAUUAAUUAAAUGAUUGUAAAUCUCAA